GCGGCGGCGGCGCGGGUCACAUGACCGGCGGGGGAGCCGGGGAGCGGCGGAGCCGCGCCGCCCAUGGCCAACGUCGCCAAGAAGGUGUCGUGGUCCGGCCGCGACCCCCGCGACGACGACGACGAGGACGGGAACGGGGACGGCCCCGCGGGGGAGAGCACCCCGCUGCUCAACGGCACCGGGCACGGAGCGCGGCAGUUCACUUCUUCCCUGCUGCGCCCUGGCCAGCUGAGCAAUGUGGAUCUCAACGAGGACGUCCGUGAGCUGGAGACGGAGCUGCCUCGGCCGUACCCCAACGAGAUCCCCCACAACGAGAAGCUCCUGUCGCUCAAGUACGAGAGCCUGGACUAUGACAACAGCGAGAACCAGCUGUUCCUGGAGGAGGAGAGGAGGAUUAACCACGCGGCCUUCCGGACGGUGGAGAUCAAGCGCUGGGUCAUCUGUGCCAUGAUCGGCAUCCUGACCGGCCUCGUCGCCUGCUUCAUCGACAUCGUGGUGGAGAACCUGGCCGGGCUGAAGUACCGAGUGGUGAAGGACAACAUCGACAAGUUCACGGAGAAGGGGGGCCUGUCGUUCUCCCUCUUGCUCUGGGCCACCCUGAACGCCAGCGUGGUGAUGGUGGGCUCCGUCAUCGUCGCUUUCAUAGAGCCCGUGGCAGCUGGCAGCGGCAUUCCCCAGAUCAAAUGCUACCUCAACGGCGUGAAGAUCCCGCACGUUGUCCGCCUCAAGACCCUGGUGAUCAAAGUCUGCGGGGUCAUCCUCUCGGUGGUCGGCGGCCUGGCCGUUGGGAAGGAAGGACCCAUGAUUCACUCCGGAGCAGUGAUCGCUGCUGGCAUCUCCCAGGGGAGAUCCACGUCUUUGAAGCGAGACUUCAAGAUCUUCGAGUACUUCCGCAGAGACACAGAGAAGAGGGACUUUGUCUCAGCUGGAGCUGCUGCUGGUGUCUCGGCCGCGUUCGGUGCCCCUGUGGGGGGCGUCCUCUUCAGCUUGGAGGAAGGGGCUUCCUUCUGGAACCAGUUCCUGACGUGGAGAAUCUUCUUUGCCUCCAUGAUCUCGACGUUCACUCUGAACUCUGUGCUGAGCGUUUACCACGGCAAUGCUUGGGAUCUCUCCAGCCCCGGGCUCAUCAAUUUCGGCAGGUUUGAUAACGAGAAAAUGGGAUACACGAUCCAGGAAAUUCCUAUCUUCAUCUUCAUGGGAGUGGUUGGCGGGAUCCUGGGGGCCCUGUUCAAUGCCCUGAAUUACUGGUUAACGAUGUUCCGGAUCAGGUACAUCCACCGGCCCUGCCUCCAGGUGAUUGAGGCCAUGCUGGUCGCAGCGGUGACGGCGGCUGUGGGGUUUGUCAUGAUUUACUGCUCUCGAGACUGCCAGCCCAUCCAGGGGAGCACGGUGGCCUACCCCCUGCAGCUUUUCUGUGCUGAUGGAGAGUACAACUCUAUGGCCACUGCCUUCUUCAACACACCUGAGAAAAGCGUUGUCAACCUCUUCCACGACCCUCCAGGUUCCUACAACCCCAUGACGCUGGGGAUGUUCACCCUGAUGUAUUUCUUCCUGGCCUGCUGGACGUAUGGCCUCACGGUGUCGGCGGGGGUCUUCAUCCCUUCCCUGCUGAUCGGCGCUGCCUGGGGGAGGCUGUUCGGCAUCUCCCUGUCCUACCUGACCAAGGGCUCGAUCUGGGCUGACCCUGGGAAGUACGCCCUGAUGGGAGCUGCUGCACAGCUGGGCGGGAUAGUGCGGAUGACGCUGAGCCUCACGGUCAUCAUGAUGGAGGCAACAGGCAACGUUACCUACGGCUUCCCCAUCAUGCUGGUGCUGAUGACAGCGAAGAUUGUGGGCGACUACUUCGUGGAGGGGCUGUAUGACAUGCACAUCCAGCUGCAGAGCGUGCCCUUCUUGCACUGGGAGGCCCCGGUGACGUCCCACUCCCUCACGGCCAGGGAGGUCAUGAGCACUCCUGUCACCUGUCUGCGGAGGAUUGAGCGGGUGGGCACGGUUGUGGACAUCCUCAGCGACACCUCCUCCAACCACAACGGCUUCCCCGUGGUGGAGAGCAACCCCAACAGCACCCAGGUGGCCGGGCUGCGGGGUUUGAUCCUGCGCUCCCAGCUCAUCGUCCUGCUGAAGCACAAGGUUUUUGUGGAGAGGGCCAACCUGAGCCUGGUGCAGCGGCGGCUGAAGCUGAAGGAUUUCCGGGACGCCUACCCCCGCUUCCCCCCCAUCCAGUCAAUCCACGUCUCCCAGGACGAGCGCGAGUGCAUGAUCGACCUGAGCGAGUUCAUGAACCCCUCGCCCUACACCGUGCCUCAGGAGGCGUCUCUGCCACGGGUCUUCAAGCUUUUCCGGGCCCUGGGCCUGCGGCACUUGGUGGUUGUGGACAAUCGCAACGAGGUGGUGGGCAUGGUCACCCGCAAGGAUCUUGCCCGGUACCGGCUGGGGAAGGAAGGGCUGGAGGAGCUCUCGCUGGCACAGACGUGACGUGGGGCAGCGCCGCCCAGCGGGAUCGCACGCUGGCCCCUCUGAGACUGGGACCCUCGUUUGGUAGAGGCAGGGGGAGGACUGGGCUGGCUCCUGGAGGUAGCGUGGUGCCUGGAGCACUGGCACAGCUGUCCUGCCCCGGCUCUCCCGUGUGUCGCUGCCUUCCCACCUCUGCCAGCUCCUCUCCUCCUCGCCCUUUCCUCUGCUUCCCUGAGGGAUCAAAAUAUGCUGUUGGUUCUGUUAGCUCUUUGAGUAAGCUCCCCGGGGGUUGUGUGAAGGCUGCAGCGUGCCUGGGGAGCCAGAGUGCCCUGCUGAGCUGGGUGCUGUCUCCCUGCCCUCUAUCCCUGCUGCUGCCCUGGGCAUCCCGGGACUGGGCACCUCCUGUGGGGCUGGGGCUGGCUCUGCAGGGAUGGGAGGUUGCAGGGCUCUCCCCUGCUCCCAGCGCCCUGUCCCCUCUCCCCACGCUGCUGCUGGCUGGCUUGGGCUGAGCCCUGUGUCUGUUACUUUGGCCAGAGGGGAUCCCUGCCCUGCCCCCUGUGCAAUAAAAGGGCUCCCAUGGUUCAGCAGCUGCUGUCUCUUGCUCUUUCUUGGCUCCCUUGACUGCUGUGCCCCUAAGCCUGUGGGGUGAGGACACCGUGUGGCCCAUCCUCGUGGCUUGGAGGGGAUAAGAAGGGGAGGGCUUCCCUGGGGUGGUGGUCCUGGAACGUGACCCUAGUGUGUUCCCCUGUGCCUCCGGCCCUCCCCUCGGUCUCCUCAGUGCUGCUGCAUCUCCCCUGCAGUGAUACUGGGUUGAAAGUGACCCCAGCUUCAUUCCUUCACUUUCUGCACCUUGGUCCAGACCUUUGCAGCAGCCUGGGUCCUGCUGGCCUUGGCUGCUGCCCCCUGAAACCAGCCACCACAUCCAGCCACAGGGACAGAGCCGAGCCUGCAGCUCCCUGGGUGGCUCCAGCCCUCACGGUUCCUUGCCCUCGAAGCUCCAACUCCUUUAUCUUCCCCUGCCCUCAUUACCCCCUGCGCUGGCCUUGCCCCUGCUCCAUGCACCGCACCCCUGGGGUGUGAGUGCUCUGCACUGUGUUCUGGGGGGGACCUGGGCAGGGCCAACCUGGCCUCUAGGGGCUUUCUACUGCGGGCUACUUCUGUGCUGAAAUAAACCCUGUUUGUACUUUUA